GGUCUGAGGGGCACAGGAGAAACCACAGAGCUGUCAAACGGCAACAAUCGCCUCUGAAUUAUCACCGUAGGCGGAGAAAAACACCCGACAUGCCUCGACUGGUGCCAAAGGAGAAUAUCGACGACAAGCUUCGGGACUGUGUUUGAACGCCGUUUUCGCUGAAUAUGGACAAAACUCGCUGUGUGGCGCGCUGCUGGACGUCGGGCUAACGUCUAUUAGCUUGAGUUUUGUUGACAAACUAGCUAGUCAAGCUCACCGAGCUAGCUAGCUAGCUAGCUAUCUAGGUAAACGUAGGUUUAACAAGUUGUUGGAGUCAUUUACAUAGCUUUUUUCCCGACAAACGUCCUUUUUAAUUUCCUGGAGGUGGAACAAACGGAAUACCCAGCAUGAACUGAUGUAGCCAAGUCCAAGCAGGAUUGCACCGGCUCACAACCUCCAUCCGAGAUGUGAGAACCCCCCUUCCACACAUGCCGCCUGCUGGACCCCCACCUUCCCACUGAGCCCUCGACCUCUCUGCCCCAACUCUGUGCUCUUGUCAUGUGGACAAUAACAUACAUAAAAAGACUCCCGUUACCCUCUCUGGUGUCGCCAUCUUUAUCGCCAUCCUCAUCAGCGCUAUGGAGCGGAAUAAACGCAACUCCAUCGCUGGGUUCCCCACGCGGCCCGAACGCUUCGCUGAGGAUAGAGAUGGCCUUGGCGGCUUAGGCGUUUGCGAGAUGGGCAUGGGGCCGCCAUCGCAGGUGGGCAGGGUUUGCCCAUCAUCCUACAGAGCCCUCAUCAGUGCCUUCUCCUGCCUUACGCGCCUAGACGACUUCGCCUGCGAGUGGAUCGGCUCAGGCUUCUUCUCUGACGUCUACAAGGUGUGUCAUCGAGCGUCGGAUCAGGUGAUGGCACUCAAGAUGAACAAGCUGAGCAGCAACAGAGCCAAUAUGCUGCGAGAAGUCCAGCUCAUGAACCGCCUAUCACAUCCCAACAUACUCAGGUUCAAGGGAGUGUGUGUGCACGAGGGCCAGCUGCAUGCCUUGACAGAGUACAUCAACGGUGGCAACCUGGAGCAGCUUCUGGACAGCAACAAGCACCUGAGCUGGCCCGCCAGGGUCAAACUGGGCAGCGACAUUGCCAGCGGUCUGGCCUACCUGCACACCAAAGGCAUCUUCCACCGGGACCUCACCUCUAAGAACUGCUUGAUCAAAUGUGACGACAACAGCUACACGGCAGUGGUGGGAGACUUUGGUUUGGCCGAGAAGAUCCCUGCUAAUCUCACGGAGCGAGAGAAGCUUUCAGUGGUUGGUUCUCCUUUCUGGAUGGCUCCUGAGGUUCUGAGGGAUGAACCUUACAACGAGAAGGCUGAUGUCUUCUCUUACGGCAUCAUCCUGUGUGAGAUCAUUGCCAGGAUCCAGGCUGACCCCGAUUUUCUCCCCCGCACCGAGAACUUCGGCCUGGACUAUCACACCUUCCAGCACAUGGUUGGUGACUGUCCACCGGACUUCCUCCAGCUGGCCUUCAACUGCUGCAACAUGGACCCCACACUCCGUCCCUCCUUCCCAGACAUUGUGCGGCUCCUGGACAAGAUUUUGGCACGCCUCAAAGUGGGGGACGUGGAGCACCCUUGCCCUCCCUCGCUGGUUGGAGAGGGCGUUAACAAGACGAAUGCCACCAAAGGUGAGAAGAUUCAGGGCCUCAAGCGACUCAACCCCCUCAUCUUUCACGACGACAAAAUCCCCCCGAAAUCUCCCCGCCCGCGCCGCAACAUCUGGCUCAGCCGCAGCCAGUCAGACAUCUUCUCCUGCAAAACGGGAAGGAAAGUGAACGUCCAGGACCCAUAUUAUGAGCCACCGCCCUCCCAGCGAGCCCCCAAGGCCCGCAAGGUCAACCCCUUCACAGCGCGAGAGGACCUGUGUGGGGGCAAGAUCAAGUUCUUUGAUGUGCCCAGUAAGUCGGUCUUCUCGCUGGUCUUUGAUCUGCACUCGCCCCCUGGCAGCGCCUUCACCAGCCGGCCCCUUUCACACAACGUGCCCCAGCAGGGGGCGUCAUACUACUGGCAGCAGUUGCCAGGGCGACAGUGUCACUCCUUGCCGGUGUCGCCCCAACUGCCUCGCUCAGAGUUCCUGCACGCUGCCUCGGCCACCCACAACAGUAACAGCAACGUCCCUGCCCCCUGCGGCGCACACCAGCUGACCUCCACCAUGUCGUCGGCCUCCUGCUGGUCCGAGGCCAGCCUGAUGGGACAUGAAGUCCGGCAGAAGGCGGGGCUGAGCGGCUGGGCCAAAAAAUAUGUGGUGGUGGAGAUCCCGCCCUACUGCAGGCCAGAGGCAGGUGAGGAGGACGAGGCGGACGAUUAUUGGACAAGGGAAGGCGAGGAUGAAGUGUUUGAGCAGUGCUGCUCUCCGACAGUCCCCGCUGGGGAGGCCAUGGACUGCUCCAGCAUCCUGGAGGACCAAAAUACACCGACCCACGUCAUGCCACCCAGGGACUGAGAGGUGGGGGUAAAUUGGGGGGGGGCUUCCAUGGCUCCUCUGGACUUGGUACAGAAUGCGAUUGUGUUGAAAAUUUGUAUAAUUCCAAGAAAUACUUUUUGAAGCUUUGUGACACAACUUACACAUAAAACUCUCAAGCUACUAAUGUUGAUAUUUAUUCAUAUAAUGGGAUGACUUUGAUUGUUUGUAGGUUUUUUUUCUUGCAGAAAUCUUUUAAGUCAAAAUUUGCUGCUUUGGUUUUCCCUAAACAAAAAAACAAAGAGUUUCAUGUUUAGCAAAUCUUUGAUUUGACCUUGAUCUUUUAAAUUUUUUUUCCCCAAGACGUCAUUGAGGCUAACAUGGAUAAAAGUUGUGCGGUCGUGUUUGGCAUGCGCAGUUUGAUGCAGUUCCAUAUUUUUACCAGCAGUCACAUUGUGUCUUCUUUCACAGACGAUAUUCAUCAAUCUCACUAAACUGUCUUUUUUUACAUCUAAACAGCUGUCAGCGUUAAUAUAAAACAAUUAAGAGAUUGAGUUUCCCGCAAUAGGAACUAAAAUGCACUAUUUUUGUGAUCCUUGUGAACUUUUCUAUGCAAAAACAUUUUCACACUGUUGAGCAGAAUCAAGGAGGUGAUAUUUAUGUAAAAAAAAAAAAAAAAAAAGUCUUACCUUCUUUGUAUAUUUGUGUAAAAAGGUUGUUGACAACAGACUGAGUUUUUUUUUGUUUAAUUGCAAUAACAAAGCUUUUCUCUUUUCUUCAUUUAAGUUCUUUUUCGCUCAAUAAAACCCUUCACUCGGACUGAC